UCCAAGAGCGAGGUUUAGGGUUUUUAGGCCAUGGCGAUGGCGAUGUUCCUGGCGAGGAAGAAGGCCGCCUCCAUUGUCUUGCAGAGGGAUCCGCUGCCUGGAUCGACGCGGUGCCUGGUGAAAUCCGUCAAGCAUGGAGGUAAGGGGAAGAAGAAUCCGGAUUUCAAGCGCCGGGAUCCUCCAUCGCCACGGCCUGGCGAUGGAAGCAAGCUCUCCGCGGGGCCUCGCAAGAACUUGUUUGAUAUCCUGGCAGGACUGCCUGACUGGGGAAUGGGGAUGAAGUUCCAGAAGAAAACUUGGAGGAGGGAUCGCUACUUUGUUCUCACUAGGAUCAAUCUCUACAAGAGCUUGAACCACGGGAAAGCUUGGGGGAUGUUUCACGAGAACGGAGUUUUAAAGACUGGAGUGAUGAGGAUGAGUGGCUCGAACAAGCGAAACUGGAGAGUGAUCGAAAAGCCUCCACCGGAACGAGUACCUUGGAAGAAACUCGUCAAGGAGCCCACUACCCGAGACUUGAAGAAGAAGAAGGGAGCUCUAGCGAAGUACAAGUUAAGAAGGGCCGCGGCAGUAGCAGCAAAGAAGAAAGAACCAGAAACACAGGACGAGCCUGGGCAAGAAGGAAGCGAUCCGCCACCACCGGUCACAGCUUGAAAGUUCCCGAUGGAAGUCUCGAGCAGCGACACACAAGAUCAUAAGAGCGCCUCCACUUGUCUCUGCGCGUACGCUUUGAGGAGCAGCAAAUGCGGUGCGCUGCUCGCUGCCGUGCCAAGUUUGUCCGCUGCUCGGGUGGCAACAUCGAGGUCCGAGUGAACUCUCGAAGUUCCAAGCAGAAUCGUCCACGCAACGUCGUCCGGCACGAAAGGCAUGGUAUGGACGAGCUCCUCGGCCUCUUCCAGUCUCCCGGCUCGGCCCAGGAUAUCCAGGAUGCAGUGGUAGUGCUUGAGAGCCGGCAGUAUUCCGUGGUCUUGGAUCAUCGACAGGAACCGGCUCCUUCCUUCCUCGGGCCGACCGACGUAGCUGCAAGCCGUGAGAACUCCCAGGAAUGUGACGUCGUCGGGCGGUAUACCAUCGCAGUUCAUGGCCUUGAAGAUCUCCAGCGCCUCCUGCCAUGCAGCGGUGUGCGCACAGCCGACGAGGAGUGUCGUCCAUGCGACUGUGUUCUCUGCCGGCAUUCUCACAAAGUUUGUCCUUGCCUGUUCUAGAUUCCCUGUCUGAGCAUAUGCUCCCACCAUGCACGUAGAGCUAAAGACAUUGUGCUCGGGCA